AUGCCUACUGAAAUGAUACUUAAAAUAUUUGAAUUACUCUCAGUUCGUGAUCUAGAAAAUGUUUCAUUAGUUUGUCGAUAUUUUAAAAUGAUUGUUGAUCAUGAUAUUAUAUGGAAAACAAGAUGUAAUAGUUGUGGAUUGAAAUAUUCAUCUUCUCGAUAUCCUGUUCGAUCAAAAAACAAUGAAUUAUUUUUACCUAUUCUUGGAUUUAAUCAACAUCUAAACUUAUCAUCAAAUAUAACUAUUCAAUUAUCAGUUAAUAUUGAUAAAACUGUUUAUGUAUUAAUAUUAUUAUUAGAAAAAGCUUCGAAAUUUCAGAAUAAAUGGCUUUUAUAUCCUACGAAAUUUCUUAUUCCAACUAUAGAUAUUGAAAUAGUUUGGCAAACACAUCUUUUAAGACCUCUAAUAUAUCAAGAUGAUUGUCUUCGAUUAUUUCAUCAAAUUAUUGAUCAUUCAUUAUUAUUAGAUCAUACUCAACAAUCUUUUAAAGAACAAUCUUUUUUAGAUACUUUACAUUUAUAUGAAAAACAUUUUCAUGAACGAUAUUGUACAUUACCAUUAAAUAAAAUAUCUUCAUGUAAUUCUAUUGAUAGAUAUCAAUAUUUAAUUCCAAUUUAUUCUUAUUGGGAUGAAACAUUUUUUAAAUUUUCAUCAUAUCCUCUUAAUGACUAUGAAAAUCCAUUUUCAUUUACAGAAGUUGAUAUUAUUCUUGAUGCAAAUUGGAUAAACUCAUGUAAAAUUUUUAUGAAUCGGAUCGAUUUCGAAAUACACAUGGAUUUUUGGAAUAUUAAUCCAUUAAAAUCAAUUGAUUUAAAUUCAUCAGUAAUCAAAGGAUUAAAAAAAUCAUAUGAAAGAUUUUUAUAUAUAACAGCAAAAUAUGCACCAACUAAACAAUAUGAUCUCAUUCAUCCAACAUAUGCAAUUGAUAUUAUAUGGCAUUGCCAUAUGCAAGAACCUUUAAAAUAUGCUAAUGAUUGUAAUCGUCUUGUCGAUUAUCUUAUUGAUCAUUAUACAUGGCCAUCAAUUGAUAAAUAUCAAAUAAAACAAUCUUGUCAAAAACUUAAUCGAUAUUGGAAAGAAGAAUUUCACAAUGACAUGUCAAUAGAUCAUGUUGAAUAUGAUUGA